AUGGGGCGCAUGUACGGUCCCGGCAAGGGCAUGUCUGCCAGCGCUCUCCCCUGGCGCAGAAAGCCCCCGACGUGGCUGAAAAUCAAACCCUCCGACGUCGAAGAGCACAUCGUCAAGCUCGCCAAGAAGGGCCAAACGCCCUCCCAGAUCGGCGUUACGCUCAGAGAUUCCUUCGGAGUGCCUCAGGUCAAAUCCGUCACUGGCAACAAGAUCCUCCGUAUCCUCAAGAUCCAAGGUCUUGCUCCCGAGCUGCCUGAGGAUCUGUACUACCUGAUCAAGAAGGCCGUGAGCGUGCGCAAGCAUUUGGAGAGAAACAGGAAAGACAAGGACGCGAAGUUCCGCCUCAUUCUCGUCGAGUCUCGCAUCCACCGUCUCGCGCGUUACUACAAGCGCACCAAGCAGCUGCCUGCCACGUGGAAGUACCAGUCUGCUACCGCUUCGGCGCUCGUCGCGUAA